AUGGCCUCCAUAGAUGACGCUUUAGCGAUCGUAGGGCUAAUGUAUGUGUUAAAAGUAAAUAGAAGAAAACGAAAAAACUUGAUAAAUGAAUUGAGAAUUACUCCAAAAGAUUUCAAUAAUUAUUUGAGAAUUAAUGAAGAUACAUAUUUGCAUCUGCUUUCAUUAGUGACACUAUUAAUAAAAAGACAAGACACCAUAUUGAGAAAUGCUAUAACACCUCAUGAAAGAUUAACGGCAACUUUAAGAUUUUUAGCUACAGGGAGAUCUUAUGAAUGUUUAAAAUUUUCUACAAUAAUAUCGCCACAAGCACUUUCCACCAUCAAACCAGAAACCUGUGAAGCAAUUUAUAAGGUUUUACACAAGGACUACUUAAAGUUUCCACAAAGUUGCAGUGAAUGGAAAGCAAUUAGUGCAUUAUUUGAAGAAAGAUGGAACUUUCCACAUCUACUUGGCGCAAUAGAUGGUAAACAUAUUGCUAUUACUCCACCUAAAGGAUGUGGAUCGGAAUUUUACAAUUAUAAAAGACACCACAGCAUGGUACUUAUGGCUAUUGUUGACGCUCAAUAUCAGUUUUUAUUAUGUGAUUUCGGUACAAACGGGCGAGUUCCAGAUGGAGACGUAUUACAAAAUACGAAAUUUUUUGAAAUGCUCCGAAACAACCAAUUGGAAAUUCCAAGCGAAGAAGCAGUAAGAAAUACUCAGAGACGUUUGCCAUACGUUUUUGUUUCUGAUGACGCAUUUCCGUUGAGACCGUUGUGAUGAAACCGUUCAGACAAGCAGAAUUGACUUCAACAGAUAAAAAAAUCUAUAAUCAUCGUGUUUCGCGCGCAUGACGAAUUGUGGAAAAUGCCUUUGGCAUUCUGGCUUUACGUUUCAGAAUCUUCCAUACGGCUAUAAAUUUACAUCCAAAUAAAAUUGAGUCCGUCGUUAUGGCAUGUUGUGCAUUACAUAAUUAUCUAAUAAGAAAACUGCCAAAUUCUUAUACAAAUCCAGAUUGCUUUGAUCGAGAAGACUGUGAUACCGGAACCAUCAUACCAGGAUGUACAACAGAUAUUUCGACUAUGGAACCUUUAGAAAGAAGAAAUGUGGGAAACAUAAGUCGGAAACCCAAAAUGAUAAGAGAAGAUUUUAUGAACUAUUUUAACAAUGAAGGUCAGGU